AAAGUUGUUCCCGUUCUUACUCAAGCAAGCAGGUGGAAAUUGAACUUUGGCGUAAUUAUUUGUAAUCCGGGCUUAAUAACCAUUCAUUUAUAAAUUAUAAAGUAACAGUCUCUUCUUGUUGGGAAAGAUGAUUCCUUGUUUAAUUGUUUAUGAAUAGGAAGUGCUCUGUAGAAUGAUAAAGUGGUGUAAAUACUGAAAGAAUUCGGUUUCUCACAAGAUUUGGUUAGGAGCUUUGUGCUCUUUUUACCGAACGUCGUUAUUUAUUCUUGAUCAUCGUUGGAUAUUAUCUAGAAAGAAGAAAUGCCUCUUCUCAACAAGAAGAACUUUGUGAUCAACGAUCCACCUCCCAAUUUAAAAGAUGAUGAAGAAGUUUUCUAUUCUGAAUUGACAAACGAGAUUUUCAGGGAUUAUGAGGAGUUUUGCGAAAGAAUCUUUCUUUGCAACUCUCUGGUGUGGUCAUGCAGUUACACUGGAAGGUCAAGCCUGACUUAUCAGGAGGCUAUCGACUCAGAACUUGUAGCCAAGAAGAUGCUCAAUGAGUUUCCUCUCAAGUUGAGAAUUCCAGUUUUAUACCUGACAACUCUAACCGAGAGAUCAUCCCUGCUGGAAUUUGCUGAAGAUGUUUUCGCAUUCGCCAGAGACCGAUACUUUAUCGGUGAGGAGGUGGAAGUGUGCUUCUCAAAUGACACUUGGUCCGACUGCCGUAUAGUGAAAGUGCAGUACCCGUCGCAGAAGCGACUGCAGGAACACAACCAGCUGAGCCAGAAGACGGCCACUAAGAGUGGUGAACGCGACUACUGGCCGCCGGCCGCACUCUACAGCUACGAGGUGGAGCCUGUGGCGGCGACUGGCGACGGGACGCGCCACUGUGUGGCCGCCGACAAAGUGCGCCGACGCAAGAACGUCUACACGCGCGAGAAGAAUCGGCUCUACAUCAAGCAGUUUGUCGAGCGGCAGGCUAGCGUCUGGAAGCUCAAGAAAUCAGUCUACCACAAGUACGGCAUCGACAAGGUGAAGUUCGACAUGAUUUUCUGCGGACCAGCAAUGGCAUCGUUGGCUCCAACAAAGAAGAAGCCGGCCAUCAAGAAACCUGCCGUCAAGGAGGCCGUCAAAAAAGACGUCAAAAAACAGAAGGUGCAAGGCUCCAUCGACAAAUACUUUGCCAAGCAGAAGUCCGGAGAUAAACAGGAGAACGGUGGUGCCGGAGAUAACGCCAAGAAAGCUACGCCUCGCAAACCGGCCGAAACGCCGCAGAAAACCCUAGUGCAAAAGUUGAAGAACAAGUACAAGAUGAACAACAAGAACGCCAAACUGCUGAAAACUGUCAAAGAGAACAAAACGGAGAAGGUGCCUAGGGAACGGAAGAAAAAGGAAAAAGCAGUUCGAAAGGCAUUGAGUAAAGAAGAAUUGCAGAAGAUUGCUGUCGAAUGCAAGGACAAGGAUGUAAAAGAGAAAUUUGCUCUCUUUAAGAAGAACAAUCUGACUAAAGAAGAAAAGGUCCAAGUGUUGGAAUUUGUCAAAGAGUACACAAAGUUUAGAGAGGAUCUUGAGUGCUCAUCGCUGAAGGAAUUACCAGCCCCUCUUCCAGUUCAAAUGAGAAUACCCAACGAGCUUUUCGGCGAUUUUCUUCAUAUGCUGGAGUUUUUCAAUUCGUUCAGUAACGUUGUCAACGUGAGAGAUUUCUUCUUAAACGGAAUCACGUUUGAGCUGCUGGAACGCGCACUUGUCGAAAAAGAGGUCGCAGGUCCACUCAGUGAUGUAAUCCACGUUCUUCUUUCAACGUUGUUCGAACUUCAAGACCAAGAUGAGGAAUAUGAUGAUAAACUCAGUCUGGAUAGUGGUAGCGAACCGACGCCGGUGCAACAGAGUGAUAAGAAAGCAGACGACGCCCUGAUCAACUAUCGCCUGGCUGUUGCGGCAGCUGCCUACAGUCAACAGUACCACGGCCACCCAAUCAGUGAGCUCACUCUCGACUCGGCCUCGCUCACCGAAGUGCUCAGGUUGCACAUCAUCUCAUCGGGCCGACGGCUCAUUGAUGACAGUGACCAGUCAAGGAGGAUUCCCUCUUUGAAUAUUGAAGAUCCUUGUUCGGAAUUGUGCUUGAGACAUCCUCAAUUGUUGAACGCGCUCAGUCAGAAGAGCAUUUUUGAAUUACCAAUUGAGGACAAAGUUCUAAUAAUCAAUUCAUUGAUAAAUCAGAUUCUCAGCUUUGCAUCCACUAAAGAAUCGAUUGAAGAAGAAUUAGUAAAUCUGAGAUUGGCACGAGUUGACUGGAGAUCCAAGCGAGCUGCUGAAGUGAAGCGCAUCAAAGAAGCAGAGAAAGAGUUGAAAGAACAACAGAAAGCCGCUUCUGGCGAGAACAAGGACAAAAGUAAGAGCGACAAGGAGGCAACUGAGAAGAAAGAGAAGGAGGAGGCGACUGGCGGUGAUGGAGAGGGGGGUGAGGGGGAGGUGCCGAAGACACGCAUGCGCAUGGGCAAGAACCUUGUGUUGAAAGCGCGCGAAUUGGCUCAGCUGGAGUUGCGCGUGCAAUGCCUGCCGCUGGGCGUGGAUCGGGCAUUCCGUCGCUACUGGCUCUUCUACUCGACGCCCGGCCUCUAUGUCGAGCACAACGAGCCCAAUCCUGGCGUCUGUGUGCCCAGAGAUAUAAUCGACAGCCUAUCGGCCGAUUCGCCCGUGAAGUACGUGCGACGUCUGUUCGAUGAGGGCAGCGACAAGGAGAACGUGGGCAAAGCAACGGCGACAGCGACAUCCCGCGGUAGCAUCAGCGCGCCAAGUCCCAGCAAGAAGCCGCUGCUGGCCGAGAAGAACGGUGACGCUGUGUCAUCGUCGCCGGCCCGCGUCAAGGUGGAGGCCGGCGCCGAAGAGACGGCGUCAAAGUGGAACCUGAUGUGCACCGGUGACGCGGCGCUGUGUCCCGUGCACGCUCGUGGUCCCACCACGACAUGGUCCUUCUACAGGGACGAGGCCGACCUGAAUGCGCUCAUUGAUAGUCUCAACAAGUACGGUGUGCGGGAGUCACAGCUGCGCAAAGAGCUAAUAAAGAAUAAGCCGCGCAUUCUUGAUAGUGUCAAGCGGUGUCCGCACGCUAAACUCAAUCCCACUGUGCCUGAGGAUCCUGACCAACUUGAAAUAAAAAAAUCUGUAAAAACCAAGUAUUUGAAUGCACAUUUGGAUUUCCCGCCCGAUACCCCUCUUGAUGAGAUACUCAUUUCCAGCUUAAGAUUCAUGAUACUAGAAACUGAAGAUAAAAUUGACGCUGGACAUAUAGGAACACUCAAGGUAAAAGACAGGCACGCAUGGAGAGAAGCUUUAAAUAAUAAAUCCUAUGAUAAGCAGUGUGACGAGCUGUCUUGGGGACCCAAAAAGGGGAAGAACUUGAUAGAAGUCCCUUCAGAUGAAUCUGAUGACAAAAAAGAAGUGGCAAACAGUACAUCGCAGUCUUCUUCAGCUUCAGACUGCAUUGAACGGCUCAUGCGCACAGACGUGGAAUCUCCGAAGAAGGAGGUGUUCGAUUUGGCCUGCGCCAUCCUACAAAUCGAACAGGCAAUCGAGCAUCGAUUCUUGAAGAAGCCUUUCGGAGUGGCCGAUUGUAAGGAGAAAGAAAAAGAAAAGGCAGAAACUGAGGGCUACAAGUUGAGGGAACGUUGGGAGCUAUCUCUUAUGGCUUCUUGUAGUAUUUCUCAGUUAUUCGUUCAUAUUUAUACUUUAGAUUACCAUAUUGCUUGGUCCAGAUCGGCGUUGAAGGCUUCGUGUCGUAUUUGCCGUCGAUCCUCUAAUCCCGAAUCAAUGCUGCUUUGCGAUAUGUGCAACAAGGGCCACCAUCUCCACUGCCUCAAACCUCCUCUCAAGAAAGUACCUGAAGGCGACUGGUACUGCCCAUCCUGCUGUCCGAAGCCAUCUCCUGUCAAGAGAUCCAGGAAAGAGAAAAUGGAUGCUGACGAGAGUGAUUUAGAUGAUUGCAAGACACUGGGCAAUUGCAAGGCGUGCAAGAGCGAGGGUUGGCUGGUGACUUGCAGCAGCUGUGAGUGUGGAUGGCACUUGGAGUGCAUCAAUCCGCCCCUCAGGAAGCAACCGCGAUCCAAGUGGAACUGUCAUGGAUGUCGGAGACAAUCCAAAUCAGAUGAGCACCUGAGUGGUGGAGGGGAGGUGGAGCGCAGCAGCCGGCGGCGAUGCGCCAAGGCGGCCUCUGCCAAAAUAUCCAACUUCGCCAAACAGCUGCGCGCGCAUGCUUGGGACGAGUCUGGAUCGGGAGCAGUGAACGGCGAUGACGCUGAGAGAGAGGAGGGAUCGCGGCGUCGGUCGCGGCGGUCUGUGGAGGCGGCUGGCUCGGGGGCGGACAUGAAUGGCUGCUCUGUGCUGCGCAGUGAUCUGCCCCUCGACAACGCCGCCCUCCAGGAGAUGCUGGAUGCGCUCAUGCAUCACAAGGACGCGUGGCCCUUCCUCAGGCCCGUCACCAAAGCUGAAGUACCUGAUUAUCGCAACAUUAUCAAAAAGCCAAUGGAUUUCGGAACAAUAAAACACAAGCUGAACAUGUUGGAGUACAGUAAAAACAGUCAGGUGAUAGCCGACGCUUUACUAGUUUUCGAUAACUGCUACACCUACAACCAGCCCGAUUCCGAAGUUUACAAGACCGGUGAACGACUGCAAAAAAUGUUCGAAAAACUGUGCAGCGAAAGAAAAAUGAACAUCGAUGUUGAUUAUGAGGUCAAACCUCCUAAUCAAAAAAAGCCGAAGCUCAUGUAGACUCGACAACAAAUUAACCGAACAAAAAUUGUCCUCAUGUAUGAAUGAGUAUUACGUGCCUCAUCCUAUUACAAUAACAAUUAUUGUAAUUAGUGUCUGUUGGCUCUUAACACCAUGAACAGUUUUAUGUGUUUUAUGUCUGACAUUGUAAAUUAUUGUCAAACAAUAUUUGCUACGCUGUGCGACAGCAAUUUGUGAAAUUAUUUUUAAGUCGUGUGUGUAAAAAAGGGUCUUCUAGGGAGUAUCACCUUUUGAAAUUUAUACAAAGUAUGUUUUUCAUUAGAUAUCAUCAUGAUUGAAAAUUGCCAAACUUAACUCUUCGGGAACUCAUGGGAUUUUUCUCACUAAAGACCUUAAUUGUAAAUGUUCUAUGAAGUUUCAUCUCUAUACUUCCAACAUAUUUCAUUUGAUAUUGAAGCUUUUCUCUUUGGAGACUGUACAGGUAUUAUCCCUGAGUAUACUUGAUUGAAAUUCAUUUUUAUUUCUUUGGGAACUAAUAGGACUUUUCUCACUAAAGACCUUAAUUAUUGUAAUUAUUGGAGACUGUACAGGUAUUAUCCCUGAGUAUACUUGAUUGAAAUUCAUUUUUAUUUCUUUGGGAACUAAUAGGACUUUUCUCACUUAAGACCUUAAUUAUUGUAAAUGUUCUAUGAAGUUUCAUCUCUAUACUUUCAACAUUUAUUUCAUUAGAUAUUGAAGUUUUUCUCUGCGGAUACUGUACAGGUAUUAUCCCUGAGUAUACUUGAUUGAAAUUCAUUUUUAUUUCCAUAAAUAUUUCGUGCUAAUAA